GCCGAGGGCUGGCUUCCGGCGGAAAAGCGCGCGAGCAAGAUGGCCACCACCAAGCGCGUCUUGUACGUGGGUGGACUGGCAGAGGAGGUGGACGACAAAGUUCUUCAUGCUGCGUUCAUUCCUUUUGGAGACAUCACAGAUAUUCAGAUUCCUCUGGAUUAUGAAACAGAAAAGCACCGAGGAUUUGCUUUUGUUGAAUUUGAGUUGGCAGAGGAUGCUGCAGCAGCUAUCGACAACAUGAAUGAAUCUGAGCUUUUUGGACGUACAAUUCGUGUCAAUUUGGCCAAACCAAUGAGAAUUAAGGAAGGCUCUUCCAGGCCAGUUUGGUCAGAUGAUGACUGGUUGAAGAAGUUUUCUGGGAAGACGCUUGAAGAGAAUAAGGAGGAAGAAGGGUCAGAGCCUCCCAAAGCAGAGACCCAGGAGGGAGAGCCCAUUGCUAAAAAGGCCCGGUCAAAUCCUCAGGUGUACAUGGACAUCAAGAUUGGGAACAAGCCGGCCGGCCGCAUCCAGAUGCUCCUGCGUUCUGAUGUCGUGCCCAUGACAGCAGAGAAUUUCCGCUGCCUGUGCACUCAUGAAAAGGGCUUUGGCUUUAAGGGAAGCAGCUUCCACCGCAUCAUCCCCCAGUUCAUGUGCCAGGGUGGUGAUUUCACAAACCACAACGGCACUGGGGGCAAGUCCAUCUAUGGGAAGAAGUUCGAUGAUGAAAACUUUAUCCUCAAGCACACGGGACCAGGUCUACUAUCCAUGGCCAACUCUGGCCCAAACACCAAUGGCUCUCAGUUCUUCCUGACAUGUGACAAGACAGACUGGCUGGAUGGCAAGCAUGUGGUGUUUGGAGAGGUCACCGAAGGCCUAGAUGUCUUGCGGCAAAUUGAGAAACAAGAAGAGUCAGCAAUUACCAGCCAGCCGAGGUCCUGGAAGCUGACGUAGAGCUCGUGCCGACGGCAGACCUGCCGGCCGUGGGAGCCGUGGACGUCAUCUGCAGGGACAGAAGGGGCAAGGUCCUUUCUGGGGUUCCUGCUGUGUGCAGCUACUAUGGGGUACCAGGGUGGGGGAUGCCCUUAUGAGCACAUUUGUCAAAUAAAUGAAUGACAGGAAACCAUUUGGUCUCAUAAAGCCCAUCCCUGGAACUCUGCUUGUACCAUGACCCAGCUCAAAAGCCUGCCAUGGCUCCCAAUGGCUAGAGUGACACUGUGCCCAGUCCUCCCCUGUCCUUCAGCCUAUGAGCGUCUUUAUGCUCCAGUAAACAGCCCAGCAGGACCCUCGGCCAUCCUGUGCCUCCUCCUCUCUGGAGACCCCUGUGACUCCAGCCCACCCUCUCCUGCCACACCCAUUCCCGAGAUUCAAGUGGCUUACGACCAGGCCAGUCAAGGGCCGACUCCCUGGGAAGGAGGGCACGGGGUUGGGUCAGGCCUGUCCCUGAUCCUGAAGGGCUUGGCCCAGUUGGGGAGAAAACUCGCAUAAGCAACCGAGGAUCCCGCAGGGUGCCCAGGCACAACCGCAGGUCAUGAGGGGCUGCGGCUCCCAGGGAAGGGGCAGCUGAUUCUGAUGGAGGCUCCUGAAAAAGACCUGGAGGAGCCAGGGAGAGAGAGGGGGCCUUCUGGGCAGCAGGGACAGCCAGGACAGGCCUCUGGAGUGCUGGUCACCAGGGUGCAUCAGGGCAAAGAUGGUGUCAGGAAAGGUGGCUGGAGAGUGGCCGUCAGCUUGAACUGACCUGAGCCUGAGGGCUCUGGGCCACCACUUGGUUCUCGCCCUGCCUCUCUCAGCCAGAAGCCCGCAGGGCCUCGACCCCAGCCUGCCCAACCCUCACCAAAAAUCCCUGGGAGUCGGUUGGCCUGCG